AUGCAGGCGGCGCCGCACAAAUGCAAAAGCAGUGCAGCAAAGCUUGUAGAUGGCCGGUACAAACCUUACGAUCCCUGCCUGACAAUGUCAGGGAGGAAGAUCGCUUUCAUUGACACUGCAGAGUUCAAGUUCCUGGGGCGAAGGCUGCAUGCUGAUUGCUCUGAGCAGACCCAGCGGGAAGACAUCCGUCAACUCACUGUAUCUCUCAUGCAAAAAGUAGAUGGCUCUUGGCUUCAAGACCACCACAAGCUAUGGCUUUACCACCAUCUUGUAGUGCCCAAGCUUUCUUGGUCUUUCCAGGUUCUUGAACUCACACAAGGUUUUGUACGUGAACUGCACUUUAUGUGUUUACCAUUUCUGAAGAAAUGGUCAGGCCUACCUCGAUGCGCAAACUCUGCCAUUCUUUUUAUUGGCAGUCGCAAACGCUUUGGCUUACGCCUCCACUACCUUCCUACGGUGUGGAAAAAGUGCCAGUCCAUCAAAUGGCACAUUCUUCGAUCGAGUGGGGACGCGCGCAUGAGGGCGCUGUACACUAUGCGUCGGAGUAAGGAUGCGAAGCUGACAAAGCGAUAUGCGGCGACAAUAGAGCUGGAGUGUGCAGAGGCAUCAGUAGGUUCAGGGACUCUCCGUCCACCGUCAUCUUCAAGUCAUCGUGCAGGGUUGGGUGCUCGUGCUCCGAAGCAGCAUUCCAAACCCCCGAGGAAGGAUCUCCUUCAAACAUUUGAGGAGAUCAACGCGCAGGAGCAGAUUUUGAGGCUGAAGACUCUUCAGGUGCAAGGCAAGUGGUUGGAGUGGACAUCGGUGAUGUGGCAGGACCUCUCGUGGAAAUCCCUUUUGUACGGUGGUACUGGUAAGGAUUUGAAAUUUCUUCUCGCAUCAACCCUCGACGUGCUACCUUCUCCGACGAACCUACGCCGUUGGGGAAACACCGUAGUGGAUCCGUACUGUAGUUUGUGCCGUACCUGGGCCUGUACUACGCGCCACGUGCUUGGCGCUUGUCGCGUAGCGCUGGACCAGGGACGUUACACCUGGAGGCACGACAACGUACUCGGGGUCAUCGUCAGGAACAUGCGUGAGGAGAUUCGAAUCCGCACUGCUGCAAACACCGUACAAACCGAAAAUUCAAAUGACCUUGACUUCAUCUCGUUUUGCAAGGCGGGAGAGAAGCCAGUUCGCGUUCAGCCCAGACGAAAGUUGGUUACGACUGAUCUCCUGUCAGCGGCCUCAGACUGGAAACUUCUUGUCGACUCAGUUAGUGCAAAGAUUUCUUUCCCUAGCUGUGUUGCACUUACCACCCUAAGACCAGAUAUAGUUCUGUACUCUACGAGUCGUAGGAUUGUAUUCUGGAUGGAGUUGACAGUUUGCGCUGAGGACAGAUUCAGUGUCAGUAACUCGCGGAAGGACAGGCGGUAUGCGGAUCUGGCCGAUCAAUGCCGAGCAAACGGGUGGCAGGUCGUUUCUUUUUCGGUUGAGUAAGACGUCUCUGCGAAG